GGCCGCUUUCCCUCCCGCCCCAUGGAGCGGCCCCCGGGGCUGCGGCCGGGCGCGGGCGGGCCGUGGGAGAUGCGGGAGCGGCUGGGCACCGGCGGCUUCGGGAAUGUCUCUCUGUACCAGCAUCGGGAACUUGAUCUCAAAAUAGCAAUUAAGUCUUGUCGUCUAGAACUAAGUACCAAAAACAGAGAACGGUGGUGCCAUGAAAUCCAGAUCAUGAAGAAGUUGAACCAUGCCAAUGUCGUUAAAGCCUGUGAUGUUCCUGAGGAAUUGAAUUUUUUGAUUAAUGAUGUGCCUCUUCUAGCAAUGGAAUACUGUUCUGGAGGAGAUCUCCGGAAGCUACUCAACAAACCAGAAAAUUGCUGUGGACUUAAAGAAAGCCAGAUACUUUCAUUACUGAGUGAUAUAGGAUCUGGGAUUCGAUAUUUGCAUGAAAACAAAAUUAUACAUCGUGAUCUAAAACCAGAAAACAUAGUUCUACAGGAUGUUGGUGGGAAGAUAAUGCAUAAAAUAAUUGAUCUGGGUUAUGCCAAAGAUGUUGAUCAAGGAAGUCUCUGUACAUCUUUUGUGGGAACACUGCAAUAUCUGGCCCCAGAGCUCUUUGAAAAUAAGCCUUACACAGCCACUGUUGAUUAUUGGAGCUUUGGGACCAUGGUGUUUGAAUGUAUUGCUGGAUAUAGACCUUUUUUGCAUCAUCUGCAGCCAUUUACCUGGCAUGAAAAAAUAAAGAAGAAGGAUCCAAAGUGUAUAUUUGCCUGUGAAGAGAUGACAGGAGAAGUUCGAUUUAGUAGCCAUUUACCUCAACCAAAUAGCCUUUGUAGUUUAAUUGUAGAGCCCAUGGAAAACUGGUUACAGUUGAUGCUGAAUUGGGACCCACAACAGAGAGGGGGACCUAUUGAUCUUACUUUGAAGCAACCAAGAUGUUUUCUAUUAAUGGAUCACAUUCUGAAUUUAAAGAUAGUGCACAUCCUAAAUAUGACUUCUGCAAAAAUAAUUUCUUUUCUGUUACCAUCUGAUGAAAGUCUCCAUUCACUACAAUCUCGUAUUGAACGUGAAACUGGAAUAAGUACUUGUUCUCAAGAACUUCUAUCAGAGACAGGAAUUUCUCUGGAUCCUCGGAAACCAGCCUCUCAAUGUGUUCUAGAUGGAGUUAGAGGCUGUGAUAGCUACAUGGUUUAUUUAUUUGAUAAAAGUAAGACUGUAUAUGAAGGACCAUUUGCAUCUAGGAGUUUAUCUGAUUGUGUAAAUUAUAUUGUACAAGACAGCAAAAUACAACUUCCAAUUAUUCAACUGCGUAAAGUAUGGGCUGAAGCUGUACACUACGUGUCUGGGCUAAAAGAAGACUAUAGUAGGCUCUUUCAGGGCCAAAGAGCAGCCAUGUUAAGUCUUCUUAGAUAUAAUGCUAACUUGACAAAAAUGAAGAACACAUUGAUCUCAGCAUCACAACAACUUAAAGCUAAGUUGGAGUUUUUUCACAAAAGCAUCCAGCUUGACUUGGAGAGAUACAGUGAGCAGAUGACUUAUGGAAUAUCAUCAGAAAAAAUGCUAAAAGCAUGGAAAGAAAUGGAAGAAAAGGCCAUUCAUUACGCUGAGGUUGGUGUCAUUGGAUACCUUGAGGAUCAGAUUAUGUCUUUGCACACUGAAAUCAUGGAACUUCAGAAGAGCCCAUAUGGAAGACGUCAGGGAGACCUGAUGGAAUCUCUGGAACAGCGUGCCAUUGACCUAUAUAAGCAAUUAAAGCACAGACCUAUAGAUCAUUCCUACAGUGACAGCACAGAGAUGGUGAAGAUUAUUGUGCACACUGUGCAGAGUCAAGACCGUGUUCUCAAGGAGCUGUUUGGUCAUCUGAGCAAGUUGUUGGGCUGUAAGCAGAAGAUUAUUGAUCUACUCCCCAAGGUGGAAUUGGCCCUCAGUAACAUCAAAGAAGCUGACAAUACUGUCAUGUUUAUGCAGGGAAAGAGGCAGAAAGAAAUAUGGCAUCUCCUUAAAAUUGCCUGUACACAGAGUUCUGCCCGCUCCCUUGUAGGAUCCAGUCUAGAAGGUGCAGUAACCCAUCAGGCAUCAGCUUGGCUGCCCCCAGCUUUAGCAGAAAGUGAACAUCCUCUGGCAUGCGUGGUAACUCCUCAAGAUGGAGAGAGUUUAGCACAAAUGAUAAAAGAAAAUUUGAACUGUCUUGGCCAUUUAACUACUAUUAUUCAUGAAGCAAAUGAGGAGCAGAGCAGUAGUAUGAUGAAUCUUGAUUGGAGCUGGCUAUCAGAGUGAUGUACUAUUCAUUCAUUGUCUUCAAACCUAUGGAAGUUGUUUCUACACAUGCUGGAAAUUCACUUUUCCUACAUGCAAUAUUCUUUGCACACCGGUCAAUGGAAGAAAUGGCUAUGAGCAGAAACUGCAUGUGAUGUGUGAUUUUUCAAGCAUAGUAUUUUGAAUAAUUUGACCUCCAAACAGAUAAAAUUUUAUUUUAAAAAGAAAUCAAUAGAUUUACCUAACUGACUUUUUAAGUACUGCAACUACUUAGGAACAUCAUUGGUGACCUCUUUAUCUUCAGAAUUUAUAAAAUAUUACUUUUUUAACUGACAGGAAAUAUACCUUCUAAAGUUUGAACUUUUAGGAUACAGCCAAACUUAGUAUUGGUAUAUAGAAAAGAAAACAUCAUCUAAUGUGUAAUUUCAGUAAAGUUGUCUACUUGUGUUUUUGUGGAAGACUGCUCACAAGUAAAAUUGUACUUCUUAAAGAGUGAACCCUACCUCCUUGUGUUGUAUUCAGCAAGUGCUGUUCCUGGCUUCAUAAGGAGUAACCUUCCUAUUGUUAUAAAUUUUACCAGACGUUUAAUAGUACUACUCCCUUCUUACACAAGGGGUUGUGCGUGUGUGCCUUAACAAACUGACUGUAAUAAAUCAGCUCGUGUGCUAUGUGUAUAUGUAUUUAAUGUGUACAUUUAAUAUCAAAAAGAAGAUUCCUGUUAAUUUAUAAUGUUUCAUUUGUAAAAAUGGGUCAUUUGUUUAAACAAUUUUCAUGUCUUGUCAUACAAGUUUAUAAAGGUCUGCAUUCUUUAUAUGUAAUUGUAAUUUUAAAAUCCAAGAAGUGCUGAGAACAAGAUUUUCAUAAGCUUGGUAACAAAAGUUAAUUUGCUUCCAGAUCUAAUCUGGGCUGACAUUGAAUAUAUUUAUCCCACUUAGUGUGAAUAUUCAUUUAUUUUGUUACAUAAAUAUUAAUGUUGAUUAUUGUGGGGGGUCCUGCCACAGACUUUUGAGGGCUAAUGUAACAUGGUAUAUGCACUGAAUUAUUUUUCUAAAAUCUAAAAAUUUCAUAUUUCUGAAACAUCUGGCCUUGGAUUUUCAGAUAAUGGAUUGUGGAUCUGUUGUUUUCUGUUAAAUAAUUUAGAAGGUAUUAUUUUUUCAGAAAAUGUGAAAUGCUUUUAUAUUCUAGGUCAUUUUUCACUUCAAAUAUUAAAUGAUUUUUAAGUUA